AUGUCGACUGCUAAGGAUGUCUCGGUAGCUGGACUCUUCGACCUACGUGGCAAAACCGUCAUUGUGACAGGAGGAACUGGCGGAAUUGGUCUUGUGCUGACUGUGGCUCUCGCAGAAGCUGGCGCGGAUAUUGUCUCGAUCCAGAUUCCCAAUGAUCCUGGUGCUAGCCACUUGCGAGACACCGUGGAACAUCUUGGCCGGAAUUUUCGGUACUUUGACAGUAACCUGAAAGACUAUGCCUCGAUUGCACAGACAUUUGAAGGGAUCUGGAGGUCUGGGUGUACCCCAGAUAUUCUGUUGAAUUGUGCAGGAAUUACACGACAUAGUAAGGUGGAGGAUACCCCCAUUGCGUAUCUGGACGAUGUGAUGGAUAUCAAUUUCAAAGCCGCCUACGUCGUAUCCCAAGAAUUUGGCAGACAAUUGCUCAAGCUCGGCCGCCCCGGAAAGAUGAUCCAUAUCGCCUCGAUGGCAGCACAACUCGUGCAGACCAAUAUUUCCGUCUACGCACCGAGCAAAGCCGCGGUGAGAGCCCUUACGAGAGCGCAAAGCAAUGAGUGGGCUGGGAACGGCAUCCAAGUCAAUUGCAUAAGUCCCGGAUUCAUAAAGACCAAGAUGACGGAGAAUCUGUUCAUGGACCCAGAUUUUGCCAAAACGGUCACAGAAAGGACAGCAUCACAUCGCUGGGGCUAUCCAGAGGACCUGAUAGGCGUCGCGAUCUUCUUAGCCAGUCGUGCAAGUGAUUUUGUGACUGGGGAGGACAUCGUCGUGGAUGGUGGAGUCAUCGGCCGAUGA